AAAAAAAAUUCGUGGUUAUCAAAUCUGCGUGCCAAUUAUCAAUUAUGAUAAUCUUGAUCAAAAAUGAAAGUUUUUUGUUCCUACUGUAUUUCUCACGAUUUGCUUUUCUUCGUAGCUAACAUAUGCCUAACAUUUAUGACACGCCUUCGCUUUGUUCAUUUGAUACAGAAUACAGUGCAGAUUCUGUAGAAUUUUGUCCAUUAGAACAGCUUUUUCAGUAUUUGGCAUGCGGCACCUAUCAAUUAUCAGAUUCAAACCAAGAAAUAACACCACAAAUUAACGAGAAUAAAGAAAAAGAUGAAUUUAAUAAAGUUGAUACGCCAAAAAAAAGACUUGGAAGAUUAUUAUUAUACAAAGUAAACAAGAAUGAAGAUGGUCAUAAAGUAAAAUUACAAGAAUUACAAAGAAUUGAUACGCCCGCAAUACUUGAUAUGAAAUGGUCACACAAGCUUAUUGAUGACAAAAGAGUUUUGGCCGUGGCAGAUUCAACAGGAAUGAUCUCUUUAUAUAAUCUCUUUCAAAAUAAUAACUCAUUUGAUUUAAUUACAAAAUAUGCAACAAAUAAUGAGGAUAAUUUAUGUCUUUCGCUAGAUUGGUCAAAUCGAAUUGGGGACCUAAACCAAAAAACGUCUAUUGUCGUGUCUCAAAGUGAUGGAAAUAUUGUUGUAUUAUCUGUAGAUAAUCAAUUUGGAAUUCGCGAGACAAAUAAAUGGAAUGCUCAUGAUUUCGAAGCUUGGAUAGCUGCUUUUAAUUAUUGGGAUACAAAUUUAGUUUAUACUGGAGGGGAUGAUUGUUUCUUUAAAGGAUGGGAUUUAAGAAUAAGUCAAUCAACUCCUUUAUUUUCCAGUAAAAAACAUCAAGCUGGAGUAUGCAGCAUACAAUCCAAUCAUCAUUCAGAACAUCAUUUAAUAACUGGAAGCUAUGAUGAAAACAUAUUAUUAUGGGAUACGAGAUCAAUGAAACGACCAAUAUCUGAUUAUAAUGUUGGAGGAGGUGUAUGGAGAUUAAAAUGGCAUCCAACAAGAAAAAAUUAUAUCCUAGCAGCAUGCAUGCAUAAUGGAUUUCAUGUAAUUAAAGUUGAAGAAGAUAUGACUAUGAAGACGAUUAAUAGUUUUAUGAAACAUGAAUCCCUCGCUUAUGGAGUCGAUUGGAAUUAUUCCGAUCAACGGAAUUCAUUAAUUGCCAGUUGUUCUUUUUAUGAUCAUAUUAUACAUCUUUGGUAAUAUUCUUAUUAAUAUAGUGAACAUGUUUAAUAAGAAAUUUUGAUUGACUUUUAUUUAUUAUACCUAUAGGGAACCUACUCUGGAUUAAUCAAAAAAGAUAUAAUAAAUUGUUCCUUGUUUUCAUCUCGAGUACUUUCUAUAAUUUCGAAAGUGAAAAUAUAUAUAUAUAUAUAUAUAUAUAU